GCUCUGAAGCACUCCGAAGCUCAUCAUCCGUCUCACAUUUCGCAUUAUUCUUUCAUCACGUCGCAGUGAUAUCGUGACAAAGUGCCGGACGAUCAUCGCAACGACGGGCAAUCCCGUUAAUGUGUCGCGAUAAUUGUAAUCACCCGGCGGGUCGCAAUUAGCGCGUCCUUCCCGACCUAACCAACAAAUUGCAUCGCGUCACGUAGGUGCAUUUCGUGGCUCGUCAAAGAGCGAUAUCGAAACGAGCUGAACUUGAGCGCCGAUUUAUUGCUGCAUCAUAUCGUGCAAUGUACGGGAAACUUGAACAAGAAACAUCUCCAGAGCUCGAAUCUAACUCAUCUCGACGCUAUGGUGGCCCGACUGUCUUGUGCAAAGGAUCCUAUCAGUGUGAUAAAACCCUUCAAGUAUCAGAAAUUGCGUCUAGAGGUUGACAUAGUAUGUAACGGUGGUGCUUCGUGGGUGAAGGUUAUAGCGAGAAAUGCUAGAGCUUUGACUCUGAUAUCCCUUGGUAAUGGGGAAUAUGGACAGAAGUCUGUUCUAGACCAGGCCAAUUCGUAUCUCGUAUGUAGCAAGUGUCAUCUGCAUCACUACAGGCCACCAGAUGUGAUAUUUCAUUUUGCUUAUGGCGUGGAAGUUCCAUUGGCCUCUCAAUUGGAGCAAAUGGGUAUCAUAGUGGAAGGAGAUAGGAUAGAGACAAAUGAUGAAAACUUAAACAAACAAGAUGAGCUGGAUUUUUCCAAAGAAUCUACCAGUGAUUCAGAGAAGGAUUUGGACCUACAGUCAUUAAAUACAUCUGUACUAUCAACCGAAAUCAAACUUCUGAAUUUGGAUGUAUCGGCGCUAUUGGCUUAUGUUACGAAUAUGGUUAAUGGAUAUAAUAAUUAUGUCUAUCGGGAGCCAUUGCUCACGCAACAAGCAGAGAUGGAAAGGAAACAUCCCAUAAAACCGAUCCUGGAGGAUUUGUUUCGAGAUAAAGAACUUGUGAUCUGCCAAACGGCGUACAACAACUUUAUGAAUAUCAUUGAUGUUAUUGGCGGUCCUAAAGAGACGCAGCGUGCUCAAGAAUUAUUAAAGAGAGUCCGAAUCGUUGAUGAUGUGACCACCGGACGAAUUAUGGAGCUGCGUUUAGGCGGUAAAAUUAAGGAUCGCUCGCGAUUGAUAUUCGCGACAGGCGAAAGUAUGAAGAGCAUCACAGUGUCUGCUAAUGAAGGAUUCGUAAGAGCAGCGCGCAUGCAGGGCAUUGAAUGUACUGUUUUCUUACAUGAACCAAGAUCUCUAUCAGAAAUUAAAGAAGGUAAUGCAACAAGUACAGAACAAUCUUGAUAUUAUUCAGAAUAUCUAGGCAAUUACAAAAAAAAUAUAUACUGGUACUAGGUAUUUCUAUUGUUAAUUUAUUAUAAUUUAUAUAUAUUAUAUAAAACGACGUUUAUAUAUUAUUCAUCUGGAAGAGAAGCUAUUAUAUUUCA